CAAUAUUCGGAUCCAGAUAAAUCUAGUUUAAUAUCUGAACGUCAUUUUUUGAACACCGGUGAUAAUAAUCAUCAUCAACAACAAACAUUACAACCUGAAUCGGUGGUUGAUGAAGAUACUGAUCAAAUUUUAGUGAAAUCCUUGUCCACGCAACCAAACAGCAACCACGAUAAAGAUUUGAUUGAACAAGAAUUGGCCGAUCAAUUCGAAUUGGAAGAAAGCUUUAAUCACACAAUUACACAUCCAAAUAGUGCAUCGAAAUCUUUGGAAAAUCCAUUAAAAUCGACAGGUGAAACAUUCGUACAUCAACAUUCAACAUUAUCGUCACUUAUUUUGUCUACAUCAUCAAUGGACAGUAUGGACAUAUCAUUAGAUGCAUUGCGUCUAAUACGAGAAUCGCUCAACUAUCAAGUUGGCGAUCAUCAUCUCUUUUUUGUUAUGGGCGCUUCGGGAGAUCUAGCGAAAAAGAAAAUUUAUCCCACUCUUUGGUCUAUUUUUAGGGAUGAUCUGAUUCCGGCCAAAACCGUAUUUGUUGGUUAUGCUCGAUCUAAUUUGACUGUGGAGGACAUCGGGAAAAAUAUGCGACCCUAUGUUCGAAUUGAAAACGAUGCUGAUCAACAAUUGUUCGAACAAUUUCUCAAGCAAAAUCUUUACAUCAAAGGUUCUUAUGAUGAUGCGGCUGAUUUUAUCAAACUACAGGCAUCGGUUCGUGAAUUGGUCACUCCGGAUGAGAUAUGCAAUCACCUUUUCUAUUUGGCAUUGCCGCCUACAGUGUUCGGUACGGUUACUCAACACAUUCACGAUAACUGCAUGUCUAGCACUGGUUGGAAUCGUAUUAUCAUUGAAAAACCAUUUGGUCGAGAUUAUGAUUCAUCUGAAGCUUUAUCCAAACAUUUGUCCAGUUUGUUUGAGGAAAAACAAAUCUAUCGUAUUGAUCAUUAUUUGGGCAAAGAAAUGGUACAAAAUUUGAUGGGCUUGCGAUUUGCUAAUCGUAUUUUUGGUCCAAUUUGGAAUCAUGAAAACAUAGCCAGCGUUCAAGUUUCAUUUAAGGAACCAUUCGGUACAGCUGGCCGUGGUGGUUAUUUUGAUAAUUUUGGCAUUAUUCGUGAUGUAAUGCAAAAUCACUUGCUUCAGAUUUUAACACUGGUCGCUAUGGAAAAACCAGUAUCAGCAAGUGCGGAAGAUAUACGUGAUGAGAAAGUGAAAGUAUUACGUUGCAUGAAAACAUUAUCACUUGAUGAUGUAGUCUUGGGCCAAUAUAUUGCCGAUCCUAAUGGCAAGACUGAAGAUUCUCGACAAAGUUACGUACAAGAUCCAACAGUACCGAAAGAUUCUUUGACGGCUACAUUCUGUUUGGCAAAAUGUAUAAUCAACAAUGAACGUUGGGAUGGUGUACCGUUCUUUUUGCGGUGUGGCAAAGCUCUUAACGAACGUAAAACUGAAGUUCGUAUUCAAUUUCGUGAUGUUCCUGGUGACAUAUUUCAAGGCCAAUGUCGUCGUAAUGAAUUGGUCAUAAGAGUUCAACCGGGGGAAGCUGUUUACAUUAAAAUGAUGACCAAAGAGCCUGGUAUGACUUUUCGUCUGGAAGAGACUGAACUCGAUCUAACCUAUCGCAGUCGAUACAAAGAUGUUGUCUUACCGGACGCUUACGAACGACUUAUAUUGGAUGUAUUUUCUGGUUCACAGAUGCAUUUCGUUCGUACCGAUGAACUACGUGAAGCUUGGCGAAUAUUUACACCUUUGCUCAAAGAAAUUGAAACCAAAAAAGUGGUACCUUUGCCUUACAUUUAUGGAUCACGUGGCCCUAAACAAGCCGAUGAUUUUUGUAUUGCCAAUGGUUUUCGAUUCUAUGGAACAUAUAGAUGGGAAAAACCGGAAAAAGAUAGACAACAACCUACUGAUUGAUCAGUGAACAAUGUUAUGUGCAAUUUUGUUUGUUAAAUCUUUUGUCCAAAUAAACCGUUACUCACAAAUAAAUAUUAUGUUGUUUUAGUAA